UAUGGGCUUGAGCAAUGUUAUUGAAUUCGUUGCGAAUGAUUCAGCAGAUUCGCCUGAAAGUUGGCUACAGGAGCCUUUUGGUUUGACUUUAGGAGCUAUAACUCUAAUAAUCAAUUUCUUUACGAUUUUCUCUAAUACUUUGAUUGUCGUCGUUUUCUCAUCAAAUACGCAAGUAUGGGAGAGUGGAAGAAAUUUCUAUAUAUUGAAUCUUGCCCUAUGCGAUCUUGUUAUAGCUCUUGUCUCCGUUCCACUACAAUCAUUUAGGAUGGCUAUUACACAAUGGGAAAUUAGCAUUGCAACGUGUCUUAUUUGGAAUUGCUUAGAUUCUGUUGUACGUUUUGAAAUAUCUAUGACCUCAACUAUACUUACUCACGAUAGAUAUAAAUUAAUCGAAGAACCUUUGAGAAGCUUAUGCCCAGAAAGAUUACCGUUUGUUGUUUUCGCUGAAUUGUACGUUGUUAAAAAUCAUAUAAUCCCAUCUUGUUCAAGUUCCCUUUUGGAAUAUUUUAUCCCCGUAGCGUGUAUAGUCUAUUGGAAUGCUAAGCUUUAUAUAAAAUUAAGGAGGAAAUUUAGAAGGAUCCAUCAACAACCGGAAACUAAUAAUAUUUCUUACUUAGCAACUAUUGUUACCUCGAAUAGAUUCCGUGCUUUUGGAAAGACAAGUGAGAUAAGGGAAAGUAGACACGAGAAGAGUAGAAGGGCUGCGAUUGUUCUAACGAUGAUUACCUUAGCUAUUAUCAUAUUUAGAACACCUUUUUUCGUGUCUCUUCUCAUGGGUGUGUUUUGCGGUGAAUGCGUACCCAGGCUAGUAUUAGAAGCUACAAUUUCAUUAGAUUUAGCACUAGCCCUGUUCAAUCCUUUUAUCUAUGCCUACCUCAGCGGAACUUAUAAAGAUGGUUGUAUGCAAAUGCUAUUGAACAUUAAAAAAAGAAUAACGUCUUGUUGUUCACCAACUUCAUAUCCAUAA